AUGUCAGACGCUGCCAAAUCUCAUCUUGCGGCUGCAGCAAAAGUUUUGCCUUCUGGCAUCACCUCUGACUUAGGCAAUAGAGAUGGGACAUCUUCCUCUCAUGCUCAAGACCAACGGCGCCCCUCCGUUUCUCGUAGCUCAGCCUCAAGUCUCUAUCACAGUUCUUCUGUUUCGCCUGAAUCGGAGCUACAGAUCCAAUUCCAGACCCUCUCUUUACAAGUCAGCCAGGCUAGGAGCACCUCGGAAUGGAGACGAAGUCUUACUCUGGAAGGCAAUCAGAUGAACAAGGAUUGCUUGUCCAAUCUUGAUUAUCACAAGGUUGGAGUGGACCAACUCUGCCAGCAGCUCAAUGUUGACCUCAAUAAUGGCCUGUCAACCAAUGCUGCGAAGGUCCGACUGAGCCGCGAUGGAAAGAACAUACUUCCCCAGCCGGAAACAAAGUAUAUGCGCAAAAUUAUUGUCUCUCUAUUUGGCGGCUUCUGUUCUGUCCUAUGGGUUGGCGUGGUAAUCUUCUUUCUCUGCUGGCAGCCACUAUCAAACCCUCCUUCUGCUCAAAACCUGGCUCUCGCUAUUCUCAUCUUGGUCGUCAUCUUCGUCCAGGCCUCCUUUUCUGGCUUUCAGGAUUGGUCGACGGCGAAGGUUAUGAACUCGAUCCUGGGUCUCCUACCGGUAGAUGCCAAGGUCCGGCGUGAUGGACAAGUGUGUAAGCUACCUGCUACGGAGUUGGUUGUUGGCGACAUUAUCCACCUUAGCAUCGGCGACAAGGUCCCAGCGGACGUCCGAAUCGCGACAUGCUCUGGAGGCAUCCGAUUCGACCGGUCUAUACUGACUGGCGAAUCUGUUGAAGUUGCUGGAACGAUUGAUCCAACGGACAAUAGCAUUCUGGAGACGCAAAACAUUGCAUAUAUGGGCACAACUGUUCUAGAUGGCAGCGCUAUUGGUGUUGUUAUUUUAACAGGCUCGCGAAGUGUAAUUGGAAGAAUCACUCACUCGACUAUGGCUAUCAAAGAAGAGCCCACCCUAAUACAACGCGAGGUCUGGCGAUUUGUACGGAUUAUUAUUGCUAUGACGAUUGCUCUCCCUUCUCUCAUCCUUAUUACAUGGGCUGCCUGGCUCCGUACAGACCAUAAAGGCUUCUUAACUCUUCCUGAGAUCCUGGUCAACGCGAUGAGUUGCAUCAUUGCCUUUAUGCCAGUAGGCUUACCGGUUGCCGUUUCGCUUACACUCAUGCUUAUUGCACUGAGCAUGAGGGCAGCUAAUGUCUUACCAAAAUCCUUAUCAACUGUUGAAACCCUCGGGUGCGUCAAUGUCAUCUGCUCCGACAAAACAGGGACAUUGACGCAGGGAUGCAUGUCUGUCAAUACUGUCUGCUUUGUGGACCAUAUCUUCUCAUCACCAGAAGAGUUCAGCCGGUCAAAGGAGUCAACAGAGGCAACAGAGGCGCUUUUACGCGCUGCAAUACUGUGCAAUGAUGCGUUCUUUGAGCCAUCGACCAUAAAUCUCCCCGUCUAUGAGAGAAGGGUUUUCGGCAAUUCUACAGAUAGUGCUAUGCUGCGUUUCGCAGCAGCCAACGCACCAGUAGAGAGCCCGUGGAGGAACAUGGCCCCUAUCUUCCAAAUUCCAUUUAACUCAAAGAACAAGUGGAUGCUGUCGCUUUUCCCAGUUGGCCCCAAUUCCUCAAAGCUCUCGGGUUUCACUCCACAAGCGGGGACAUCUUAUCAUGUUAUUAUUAAAGGAGCACCUGAUGUUCUCUUCCCAGCCUGUUCGAGCUACUGGUCCAUGGAGACAAGUACCGUCCGUCCAUUAACUCCAGAAAUCAGGAAGCAGCUAAGGGAGCUUCAAGAUCGCCUCUCGCGACACGGAGAGCGCGUUUUACUCCUCUGUGAAAAGAACAUGACAUGCAUCAAUUCUCCAAAGAUGAAUGUAUUCAGCGAAGAGGUGAGGAACACAGCUAUCAGCAACCUGACCAUUAUCGGUAUCUUCGGUCUCAUUGACCGUCCAAGACCUGAGGUUCCCGGGAUAGUGGCCAAGUGCCGAUCUGCUGGUAUUCGAUACUUCAUGGUCACUGGCGACUACGCUCUGACUGCUGUUGCUAUCGCCAGAGACAUUGGUAUUAUUUCAAGAGAGAAGGAGCCUGAUACCAUGCACUCUCUUCACACACCCCGGGAUAUACAAAACGCCGGAAUUGAACAGCUUGCUGAAGGACUUCCUCGGUGUCUGGUUCUUGAAGGCGCACAACUCGCAGAGCUCGGCCAAUCUGAUUGGGAUAUCGUCUGUGACUACGAUGAGGUUGUCUUCGCGCGCACUACACCGGAACAGAAGCUGCUGAUUGUAACUGAGCUCCAAAACCGCCAUAACGUCGUGGCAGUGACAGGAGAUGGCGUUAAUGAUGCCCCUGCUCUGCGCGGUGCAGAUGUUGGUGUUGCCAUUGCUAGCGGUUCCGAUGUUGCUAUUGAAGCUGCCGACCUGGUGGUUAUGGACUCAUUUAGCUCCAUGAUCGACGCAAUCCGUCUUGGUCGCCUUGUUUUCCAGAAUCUGCAAAAGGUUAUUGCAUAUCUUCUUCCAGCUGGCAGUUGGUCCGAGAUAUGGCCAGUUAUUCUAAACGUCUUCUUUGGAACUCCGCUGCCGCUAAGCGCCUUUCUUAUGAUUAUCAUUUGCGUUUUUACAGAUCUAUUCCUCAGUAUGUCUCUUAUUAAGGAGAAGGAGGAAUACGAUCUUAUGUUAGAGAAGCCUAGGGACCAUCGCAAGCAGCACCUCGUCACUUGGAAGCUGUACUCCCAAGCUUACCUAUUUACUGGGACUAUGGAGACGGUGACUGCACAUGCGAUGACCUUUCUAUACAUGUGGCGUUAUGCGAAGAUUCCAGUAUUUGAGCUCUUCUUCCUUUAUGAGGAGUGGACCGAUGGAUAUCGCGGGUACACUGAGGACCAAUUAACUCAUUUCAGAAACACGGGCCAAUGCGUUCACUUUGUGACUAUCAUGUUCCUGCAGUGGGGUAACCUUCUCGCUGUGCGCAAUCGCCGCCUGAGCAUUGUCCAGGCUAAUCCAUUUACAAAGAAGCACCGCAACCCGUGGUUGGCGCUCAGCAUGCUCACCAGCCUCUGCAUUGCUGUCUUCGUCACAGAGGUACCUGGAAUCCAGAGCCUCUUUGACACAGCAUCGGUGCCCAUUGAGUUCUGGCUCAUCCCGAUACCCCUGGCAUUUGGGGUGUUGUUUAUGGAUGAGAUGCGCAAGUUUAUUGUGAGGACUUGGCCCAAGUCCUUCGUUGCGCGGGCUGCUUGGUAG